AUGGCGUUUGACCAAGUAGUUGUCAGAGUUAGAAGUAAGAUUGGGAUAAGCCGCCUAUGUUUUACAAAAAACUCGACCUUUGGAGACUUAAAAAAGGAGCUCAGUAAUCGCAUUAAAUUUUCAGACGGAGACGCCGUAAAAUUGUACCUGGAAGGCACAAGUGUAGAAGUUAAGGGAUCGGACCACGAAUUACUUAGAGAUUUGGACAUAACCCAUGGAACGAGCCUGUAUUUGGAUCAGUCCUCGUCGGAUUUGAGCUAUACCAAAAUAGCGUCCUCAUCGAAGCCGGUAGAUUCGGAAGGCGAUGUGGAAAUGGAGGAUCCAGAAGCACAAGCCUCAGAUAAACAGCAAACCGGAGAUUCGAGUUCCUCAAAGGAUGAAGGGGAAAGGAAGGAGUCGGAAGGACCACUGUUCAAGUCGUUCGAUGCGUACCUACACGAAAACUCGUUCUCAAUCGGAGACUUGCCCCUGAAAAACUCGUUUUUGCCAGUUAAAAUCAAGAGAGGAGUAAUGAAUAAGGUAAGGAAGAUGAGUCUCCCGAUGGGUGUAACAAUAAGGCACCAGAAAUAUCGCCACGUGGAUCACUUGGAGAUGAUGAACGUGGAGGAAGUGAGGAGUUUUGCAAACUACUGGCUGGCGGACUUGGAAAUGAGCUUUCAGAGAAUAGGCUGGAUGUACGGAUAUUAUACAGAAGACCAGCACUAUCCGUACGGAAUAAGAGCAGUGUGUGAAGCAAUAUAUGAGCCGCCACAAAUGUCACAAAAUGUAGUAAAAGUAGCUAGCCCACGAAAUAAAGUUUAUAAACACAACGAUAGUGACAACGUACAGGUUAACUAUGUUUCGCUGAUGGAAGAUAAUUUGCUGCCCAAUGUUGAUAAAAUAGCAAACAGACUGGGACUGGAAAGGAUAGGGCUGAUAUUUACAAGGCUGCCCAACGAGUGUUUCCUGACAGCAAAGGAGCUGAUGAGGACGAUUGAAAUGCAGUAUAACUCGCUGAAGCACAUACACUACACAGGGUACCCAGUGAGCACAAUGGUGACGUGCACAAUGUCGCCAGACGAUAACGGACAGCCAGUGUUGGACGCAUUCAUGGCCUCGGACAUGGCACUGGCACUCUUCAGAGACGAGUUGCUGGACAAUAACCAGGACCACGACAACAUAAUAAAGAUGAGGGAGGUGGAGCACUCGCAGGAGAUCAUGCCGCCGAUAAUAGAAAGCGGCAAGGAGGUAACGAGCUUCGACACUAGUUGGCUGAUGGUGAGGAUCAACGAGUCGGCGCCAAUAAAGCCCAACUCGUUCUUCGGCAACAACGGCAGGAACCACAAGUUCCCAGUGGAAAACAGGACGUACUCGAGCACGGCGAAGACCAGGAUGCACGAGUCGCUGGUGAGCGACUGCAGCGCAAGAGUGACCAACAGCAACGAGAGGUUCAGGAAGUGGGACAAGAAGAUACUCACCGACUACUUUAACACGCACGAUCCGGAGACCCUCUGGAACGACUUCCACCUGCUGAUAUACGUGUGCCAGGUGCUGGACGUGGACACGGCGCUGGCAAUAUGCGACUGCAUAGUUAGGAAGGAGCAGGUGGAUGACCUGGUCAAGGACCUCCUGCUGCAAACAUAG